AUGGAGGAACUGAAAUUCAGAGGAAAGAAGAGAGAUAUAAGACACAGGGAUACAUGGGAUCCAUUCCAGCUGAACCCGAUAGGAUCUGAGGAGGAAACUAAGAAACGAUGUUUCCAACUGGCCCAGUAUCUGGUGGCUGUUAUUGUGGGGUUAGCGGUCUUGACCAGUGCCGUUGUCGCGAAGGGCUCUCUGUUGGUGUUGUCAACCUUGUCCAGUCCAACCUCCCUGCGCAGCCCAAAGGAAAAACAGUUCUACAUGCUGAUGUUGGUUUUCUGCCUGGUCUGCCCCAACUUCCUGGUGUUUAUGAAAUCACUGUGGAGAUGUGCCUUCAAGAGCUUUGUGCAGCCCAACAUGAAGACCAUGUCAUGUAUUUGUGCCAUUGAGUGUCUGGUGUCUCUUGGUACUUCAACCCUGGUGCUAGUCGUUAUGCCUCAGUUUGAUGUGUUGACUAAUCUCUUCAUCAGCGGAGGAGUCUGUAUUGUGUCUGCCAUUCUGCAGAUAAUAUACAGACUACAGGGAGAUAGGUGGAAAAUCGUGUUUCCAAUCUGCUCCCUAAUUCUGACAGUUGCUGGUUACUGCCUGCUGGGGAUUGACUACUAUGUUCGCGUAUCAUCAUUUGUGGAUCGUCAGAACUCCGACUGCUUUGUCUACAUUGCAAUUGGAAUUUUCUCUUCAUUCCUCAUCUCCCUCUGCUGGUGGGAAAAUCCACUGCAAGCUACUAAUCGCAUGCAGGAAACGCUGAAAGAAUUGGACGGUUUCAGGGACUUUGUGUUUGUCAUCAGCAGUAUUCUGAGAAUAAUAGUGAUAGGAGCAGUAUACCUGUUCUACCAUGUGCUUAUUGAGAAAUCCAUCACCUGGUCAGACUUUAACCUGCAGGACAAUGACUGGGAAUUACUGCAAAUAGGACUGGUGCUGUUUUUCUUACAGGCCUUCUGCUCAGCAGCCUGCCACUGGUUUGGUGUGGUGGCCUGUAAGAUUCAUGCGGUCAGGAUGAGUUUUGCGCUGCCAGUAUGCUGCACGGGACCUACAGUGCUACUGUUGGGACUGAUACUUUUCAUAACCGAGGCACAAAGAUUGGACGGACCACAGCACGGGAGCAUCACAGAGUUUUGUGAGAGCUUGGUGUUCUUGAGCACUAAGAACACAACCCCUGUGGUUUUACUGGAAAUCACAAGGAGCAUUUGCCGAACUUCACUCAACAGCUACUACUUGCAAUGGCCUUUUUCAAUGCUGGCACUGGAGGGAGUGUGUAUGUGGUUAGGCUUCGUCACGUGUACCUACUAUAUAUGGAAGAUCAAGGUCCAGCGUAUCGAGAGAACCUCUCAGCUGUUUGUUCGUCGACUCUAUGAAUCUGCUUUCAUAGAUCUGUCUCUGCUGCUCAACACCAAGAUGAAGGUGCCCCGAGCCCAAAAUCAAGAGAGUCACGACGGCAUGCAGAACUGUGUGAUCUAUCUUUGUGCCACCAUGUGGCAUGAGAACUAUGAUGAAAUGCUGAAAAUUCUCACCUCCAUGUUCAGGCUGGACCGCUAUCGAGGUGAUCCAAAGGAAGAGCACAAGGAUUGCUUUAACUUUGAGUGUCACAUUUAUGUAGACGAUGCCUUCAUGACCGAAAAGGGCACAGAAAAGAGGCUGGUUAACAGUUACGUUACUGACUUGAUCCAAGUUAUCAUAGAGGUUUAUAGGGUGUUUACCAACAAAGAACCAGAUGAUGUGUCGAUCAUUCAGACCCCCUACGGUGGCAGGCUGACGUGUGUUAUGCCAGAAGACAACAUGCUCUAUAUUCACCUAAAAGACAAAAAUCUCAUCAGGAACAAGAAAAGAUGGUCCCAGAUUAUGUAUCUGUACUAUCUUCUCGGCUGGAAGGGUUACCUCGUCAAGAACCCUCAAAAGUUCACACGGCAGAAUAACCCAUGCAGAGACAGUUUGGUCUCUAUGAAUAGAGAGAUUUUCCUGGUGCCUCAGCAUGACAAUGACUACAAGAGAAAAUUCAUCUCAGAUGACCACACUUACAUCCUGGCUCUGGACGGAGACACAGAUUUCCAACCUAAAGCUGUGAUUCUGCUUGUUGACAGGUUAAGGAUGUACCACAACGUUGGUGCAGCGUGUGGUAGGAUCCAUCCUACUGGUAUGGGUCCCAUGGUGUGGUAUCAGAAGUUUGAGUAUGCAGUAGGCCACUGGCUACAGAAGACAGCAGAGCACGUGUUUGGCUCCGUACUGUGCAGUCCAGGCUGUUUCAGUCUGUUUAGAGGAUCUGCCUUGAUGGAUGACAAUGUAUUGAAGAGAUACACAACAACUGCGACCAGAGCGUCGGAAUAUGUGCAAUAUGACCAAGGGGAGGAUCGUUGGCUGUGUACUUUGUUACUGCAACAAGGGUGGCGUGUUGAAUACAAUGCUGCAUCAGAUGCUUACACCAACUCACCAGAAGAGUUCAAGGAGUUUUAUAACCAGAGGAGACGAUGGGGACCAUCUACACUGGCAAACACACUGGACCUUCUGCACAGCGGUGCAGAGACAGUGAAGCGAAACUCAUCCAUCUCCAGUCUUUACAUCUUCUACCAGAUGUUCACUGUUGGCUCCUCUAUCCUUGGACCGGCCUCUGUGACUCUCAUGAUAGCAGGUGCUUUCCAAUUUGUCUUCAAAAUCGCUGGUACAGAUUCCAUCCUCAUCGCAAGCGUUCCUCCCGUGUUCUACGUCAUCGUCUGUUUUGUAGCCAAGGCUAACAACCAAAUAACCAUCGCUGCCAUUAUGAGUGUUCUGUACGCGUUCCUCAUGACUGCAUCCUUGUUUUCCAUCAUUGGUGACAUGGUGAUUCAGGGAACCUUCCUGACUCCCACUGGCUUGUUUUUGAUUUCUAUGACACUCAUGUACGCAGUGACAGCUUUACUACACCCAGAGGAGUGUGGGAUGAUAAUCUAUGGUCUGAUGUAUUUCAUCUGUAUCCCCAGUGGAUACCUCCUGCUGACCAUCUACUCACUGGUUAACAUGCACAUUGUGUCCUGGGGCACCAGGGAAUCCAACAAGGGAGAGGCAGAAGUGAAGAAGAACCAUAAUAUGCUGUGUGACCGAAACUGUAGACUCUGCUGCUGGGACAUGAAGCUCCAGAUAACACAGGAGACAGAGAAUCUGAUAAUACGACAAAUGACAGGCCAGACGGCGGAGCAAGCCCCUCCCCUUGUAAUCACCAACCAUGGCGCAAUAACUGAACAGGCAGAUGCAAAGAUGGAGCCUGAAGACAAAAUCAUCACAAUCACAACCAAAGAAGAAGCUGAAAAAGGCAAUGACGUUGCUUCCUUUAGCAGUGAUGACAGUGUCAACAAAAGGAGCAUAUCCCAGAGUGUAUCCGACGAAGAAGAUAAAGAGAAAGACGAUGACUUAAUGAUUGCUGACCUAGAGGAGAUUCAUGUCAAGGACUGGGUAAAGCCGGUGAAAGAUGAGUUUUUGAAGAAACUGACCUAUGCCAACAUGAAGAAAAAUCUAGAACAACAAAUACGAUACAUGCUCCCUAACAAAAGUGAGGAAGAUGUGUGUGAGGAGUUGGUCUUAAUGUUAACAGACACUCUUAAUAGAGAGCUAAGUCACGUGGGGCCUGAAGAUAUUCUGUCAGAAAGCCAACAGGACAAUCUACAACAUGCACUGCAAUCGCACGCUCGGCGUAUCCUUAAAACCAGUCGAAUGGAGAGAAUAGAGAAGAGAGUUAGCAGCGCCAUCAAGAAAACACUCACUGCCCCGGAAGUGCGAAACCUUGACGAGGGUGAGCAGGACUUCUGGAACAAGUUACUCGAGCGCUACUUGACGCCUAUUGUUGACACUAAAGAAUAUCUGGACGACGUCACCAGAGAACUAAAGUCCCUACGCAACAAGGCAGUCUUCCUGUAUUUCAUCAUCAACGUGCUGUGGGUGGUAGCUACCUUCUUCCUGCAGGCCAUUGGAAAUGAUGUCAUCAGCAUCAAGAUCCCUAAAGUUUUCCCCAAUGGAACUGAAUCUGGAGAAAUCCUCAAGGUGGAGCCUCUCAGUUUGAUGUUCCUGCUGUCUUUUGCUGUUCUUCUCCUUGUCCAGUUUCUGGCCAUGUUAUAUCACAGAGUCUACACUCUGAUCCAUGUGGUGUCCUAUCGCAGCACAGAGAAAGACUACAAACCGAAAAACGAGGAGGGUGAAGAGGAUGAAAAUGGCAUUAAUCUGGAUAACAUCUCGAACAAUGGACUUACCAUUACCAGUGAGGAUAUUUUAUAGGUGGCUUGUGAGGCUCAGGAUAGGGAAGGUUAAUAUUUUACCAACUAUCAUACUGCUUUUAACGACCACGGAGGACAACGUUGUUCUGUUAGCAGCAAUUCUAUGGACUUUCUGGGCAACAAUAACGCACAGCAACGGGGGCUACAGGGGGCUGGAUGGUCAAUAGCAGGUGCUAACGUAGCCCAUAACAACAAACUAUAACCUAUGAACCUAUGCACACAUUGGCCUGGCCAGUGGCAACUAACCAGCAGCUCUUUAACCACCAAUGUGCCGAUCAAACACUUCCAGCUUUCAAAAUGCUAAAUCAAUACAGUACAUUGUAAUGAACAGCAUAGAUGUGUCUUUGUAGACUGACCAAGUCUUAAUCUCGCCUUCAGCUAUUCUGCAGCAGCUGUUUUUACUUCCAGUGGCACAAGGGGAAACAAUUAUAACAAAUCCAAUAGUUUCAUUUUGCAAUUUAAAAUGAAUAAUUAUUAAGAUGCGAGUUCAGGUUUUUACACAAUGGGAUCUUCGGUAGGAUUGUUCUUCACAAUCAUCUUUCAUCUCUUCAAACGUGUAUUUAAAGUGUGGUUGAAUUCAUCGGGUCCUCGCACUGAAUCAUUGUGAUUUGGUGAUUAUUCAUUCUCGUUGUGUGCCAGCAUCAAAAUCAGUUUUUAGGAAUCACAACCAUUUUAAAUGCGAUAUUUGCACAGAAAUACGUUAAACUUUUUAUUGCUUAACCUCAUAUUUUAUACUCUGAAUAGUUUGAGUAAUUGUAAGUGUGUCUUUAAUACUGUGGCAGGAUUGUAUCAGUGUAAUUAUGUAUACCAAUAAACAUGUCAGCAAUAAAUAUAAU